GAAUGAAGUGCUGGACGAGCGGAGACUUCUGGGCCAGGUCUCCUGUCCUGCUGGGUGCUAAUGUCCGCUCUCAGCCUGCUUCCCGCCUCCAGAGCCUGAGUGCUGCUGGAGCCCCCUCCACACCCAUGCCACAAGAGAAAUCUGGAAGGAAUUCCCGGGGGUUAGCGCCUUGGGGCGGGCACCAUGCCUGCCCAUGAUCCUAAGGACCAGGAUCCAGUUAAUAAAUUUGAAGUGAAAUGUCUUAUAAACCUCUUUUAUAACUUGGUGGGAGAGGGAACAGAGCGGCAAGGUGUGAUCCUUGGACUGGAUCGUAACGCAUUUCGAAACAUCCUGCACGUGACAUUUGGAAUGACAGAUGACAUGAUUAUGGACAGAGUAUUCCGAGGUUUUGAUAAAGACAACGACGGUUGUGUAAAUGUAUCUGAGUGGAUUUAUGGAUUAUCACUGUUUCUUCGAGGAACUUUGGAAGAAAAAAUGAAAUAUUGCUUUGAAGUGUUUGAUUUGAAUGGUGAUGGAUUCAUUUCAAAGGAGGAAAUGUUCCACAUGUUAAAGAACAGCCUUCUCAAACAGCCAUCUGAAGAAGACCCUGAUGAAGGAAUUAAAGAUUUGGUUGAAAUAACACUUAAGAAGAUGGACCAUGACCAUGAUGGGAAGCUGUCUUUUGCAGACUAUGAACAAGCUGUGAGAGAGGAGACUCUUCUACUGGAAGCUUUUGGACCAUGUCUACCUGAUCCAAAGAGCCAGAUGGAAUUUGAAGCCCAAGUAUUCAAAGAUCCAAAUGAAUUCAAUGAUAUGUGAAUGCCUAAAUGUCUAUGUUGUCUCAGUGAGUAAACAGGGAGGCAUAUACAGAUGGUGUAUUUGUCUACACAGCUCAGAUAGAUGACGUUGAAUGUUCGAGUAUGUUUAGGGGUGGGGGAUGGGGUUCACUUAUAUGUAUCAUUCAGCUUUAGUGUAAGAUACAAGUAAAAUAGACGGAAGACAAGAAGUUCCUUAUUAGAUGUUGUUAGGUUUGGCAAGACAAGUUAGCAUUGCUAGGGAUAUUUUAUUAUAUAGACUAUCUGUUGAAGUGCAUAACUGUCAUAAAAACGUUUGUAUUAAUGAAAUGAAUAGAGAGAUUAUAUAAUCAUGGGUUAUUAGGGCAAAUAUUCUUCAUGUCAGAAAGAUCUUGGGUACUACAUUUAAAAAUCACUGAAACUACUGAAUUUCCUUUGGAGCAGUAAAUAAUUAAGAUGGCCUCCAAAGAAUAGUGAUGCGGGCAUUUGGCAUUUAAACACCUUUCUGCUAGGCAUUGAGGGGGAUUCAGAGAGAUGAAAGAAACAUGGACCCUAUUGUAAUAUGAUCUAUAUUAUUGUUUGAGGCUUUGCCAUCACCAUGUAACUAGACAGUUACAGUCUAGGGCAAGGGUCUCAUCGUACCCAUCUUUCUCCUUUUUUUUUAAAUUUUAUUUAUUUUUUAUUGCGGUAACAUUGGUUUAUAGCAUUGUAUAAAUUUCAGGUGUAUAUCAUUAUACUUCUAUUUCUGCAUAGAUUACAUCAUGUUCACCACCCGACGCGCCCCUCUUUCUAUCUGUCGUGGCAGUUAGUACAGUCCUCUGCACAGAGUGGGCCCUCAGUAAAUACUGUGGAUUAAAAAGCACCAAGUACCACAAGAACAGUCUGAACUUUCAGCGAGCAGAGGAAGAGGAGAGUGCUCUUUAUGGGUUUUAGUGGGUGAUGCAUGGGCACAGCUUUCCGUUGAUCUCUGGAGUCAUCUCGGAUGCCUUCCUCUGUUGCAGUCAGUUGGGGAACCCCCUCUGUGUUCUGUCUCCUUCUCUCUCUCCACCUCAACCCCACUCUCUCUCCCCAUACCCCCACCUGGGUGCACCUCAGUGGCACCCUCCCCCCGACCUGGGAUUGCCCUUGUGCCCCUCUUUCAGGAAUCUCUCACACUAUGCCCCACCGACCAUUAACUCAUGAAGAUAGACCUGUCUUCCCCUGUGCUUCUAGCUGCCCAGCAGGUGCCUCUGGUCAUUGGAUGGAAGUGUGAGAAAGACAGGGCCUAGUUACGUUCCUGUGAGCUCCCAUCGACCUCAUUAGUGACCGCGUGCAAGCAGCUGACAGGCUGUAUGCAGACAUCUCUUCUGUCCAUAUAGAAACAUUGAGAAGCUACUUGAGAUCCCUUUUGUUACUACAUAUGCAUUAUUAAAUUCAAGAAAAAUUAUGUAAAAAAAUGGACUGUUACAAAUAAAUGAAAUAAGCAAUUCCAUGAAAUAAAGGAUAUUUUACAUCCAAGUAUUUUCUUAAAGUUUUAGAUUCUUAUAUAGGUGGACUUGGACACAAUU